UAGACACCAGGAGACUGUGAAUUCUUGCCUGCCUUAGUCAUGAAAGCCAGCUGAGUGACUUUGGACCACUCACUCUCUCUCAUUCCAAUUCACUAAGAAGUUUGUUGCUGGAGAGAAAUUAGGAGGAAAAACAAGUAUUAGCUGAAGAUGGAGCCUCCUGAGAUUACCAUAAUUGAAGGCGUGGGAGAUGAAGUGACUGUGGUGGCUGGUAUAAUGGUCCUUAUUAUGGCCUUGGUCCUGGCCUGGCUCUCUACGUAUGUUGCAGAUGGUAGCAACCAUCUUCUAGGAACUGUUGUGGCCACUGGAGAUUCAUCAGUGAUCCAUCUGAACCCCAUUGAAAAUUAUGUGGGAAAUUCUGUUUCUGAACAAUCUGAGCCAGAGAAUGCUACAGAAAAUACUGAAGAAAAGGCGGAUGAAGGUUCUGCUUCUGGCACCAGUCCUACACUAGAGCAAGUUGAUAAUGGCAGUGGCUCUGAUGCUGCUUUAGACUGUCUAUUGGACAUUCAGGGUCUGCCACAAAGGACUGUUUCAAUAGAAGGUGUUUCUCAGGAAAGCCAGGGAGUUCCACAAGCAGUAACCAAUAUGGAGGAGAGUGAGCUAAAUCCAGGCUUCAUCAAAGUGCGUCUCAAAUUCCUCAAUGAUACAGAAGAAGUGGCUAUUGUAAAACCAGAAGACACCAUAGGCAUACUGAAGAGCAAAUAUUUCCCAGGCCAGGAAAGUCAGAUGAAAUUUAUCUACCAGGGUCAGCUGCUCCAAGACCAGGCACGGACUCUGCAGUCUCUCAAUAUACUGGACAAUUGUGUAAUCCACUGUCAUCUCUCCCAGACCGUUUCUGCCAUUCCUGACACUGUGGUAACACCAUCAGAAGCUGGGGGUAUUACUUUGAGCAUGAGUGACUUGAUGAUUCCCAUUUUUAUGCUGAUGCUGGCAGUGAUCUGGUAUUUCCGAAUCAACUACCGCCAGUUAUUCACAGCGCCUGCCACCAUUUCGUUGGUUGGAGUGACUGUAUUUUUUAGUUUUCUUGUUUUUGGGAUGUAUGGACGGUGAGCAGAUAGGGGAGAAGAAAAAAUUCAGCUACCUUUUCAACCAAAAUGCUUAUUAUCUGAUAUGCUCACUUGUUAAUAACCAACAGCACAAAGAAAUGCUCUUACCCAGAAUUCUAUACAAAUUGAAAAAAGGCUUUACAAUUGAAAAACAAAACAAAAUCUUAAUUGCUACAUUUUCUGUGGCUGUCUGGAUAUUUUUGAAACCAUUAGUAAAAGAUGAAGAUAUGACACAUGAAGAAUAAGGCAUUAUUAGUUCCUCUGCUUUCCAUUACUUGGUUUUCACUUAAAACACAAUUCUUUUCCAUCUAUGUCUCAAAAAACAAUUUGGCUGGUCACACCAAUGUUUUCUUCAUAUAUCUCAUUCUGCAAAAUGAUUAGAAAGUUAUUGAUGAUUGGUCUGAAAUCCAAUUCCUGUCUUAUAUGCCCUUGGAUGUCUUUUGAAUCCCCCAAUUGAGGAGGAGCAUUUUUAGCUGAACUGUUUGCCUAAUCAAUUUGUUGCUUCUUGGACAAGCAUGGAAGGAAUGAUCUUGAUGUACAUUUCUUUUAUUAAUUCCACUGUGUCCAAUUAUCUAGUGAUAAAGCAAUGACCCAUUGCAGUCCAUGAAUGCCAAUGAGUGGAACAAAUGGAAUAUCUACUGCAGCUCACAUAGAUUAAUAUCUCAAAAUCAGGUAUUUUUGAACUGUGUUUUGAAGAUAUCUGGCUGUAUCUUAACUGGGGACUUACACAUUUAGUCAGUCCCUAUCAGAAAUACGUAUGUAUGUUGAUGGGUAAAGCACAGUGAGUUGAGAUUGCAAGCUGGAUGUCUAUUUGGUGCACCUUGUACUUGCUUGAGAAAAGGUAACAGGUGCACUUAGAGAUUCCUAUCAACUGUUUAGGCAGUUUAUUUACCGUUUGUAGGUAAGAUAUAUGUUGACAUGUGCCUAACCAGUCAAACAGAAGAAAAGUGUGUCUGCUGUCAUCAGUAUUUUUCAAUGUUAUUCAUAUGUAGAUUAGUUUAGUUAUAGUUUUAAACUCCAUUGAUUCUAUUCUCUUUGAAGCAUGAUUGCUUCAAAUUAAUUUUCUUGUAGAUAGGAGUUAAUCAAAGUGUUAAAGUUAGGUUACUGCCAUGGAAUUCACUGCUAUAAUUCCUAGAGUCUGAACGAGAACAGACAAUUACUGAGAGCUGAAGUUUCCAUUGGAAAGAACUGUUAUUUUAAACAUAGGAUUAGAUAUUAAAUUAGCCCCGAAGUUGUAAGCAAGAGGAAUAUUAUGUUUUUAGACAUCAUGGUUACAGAGAAACUCAAGUUAAAUUGCAGACUUAAACAUCCAAUUUAAUUACUGGUGCCAAGCAGAAAUGUCUAAAUGCUGCUCAAAGCUACCCUGUAAUAUUUUCAAUUGCUCUAGCUUCUAAAAUCAAGGCAUUAAGAACAGAUUAACAGAAAUGUUUUUUGAACUGAGGCUUGCUAGAUGUUUUGGAAUGUAUAAGAGUGUGUACAAAGUUCCUUGUCAUUUUUCUAACUUUUCUGGCUACUUCACAACUGCAUUUGUGGGCAUGCACACAGACUUAGCAGUGAAAUAAUUAUGCAUGUACAUGAAUAAGGAGACAACUGGCUGCCUCCAAAGUUGUCUAAAUCAGGAAAAAUGACAUUG